AGAGGAGGGCUGGCGGAGACUGGUGUGGGAGAAGAAUCUGAAGAUGAUUGAACUCCAUAAUCUGGAUCACACCUUAGGAAAACACAGCUACAAGUUGGGGAUGAAUCAGUUUGGUGACAUGACGAAUGAGGAGUUCAGGCAGCUGAUGAAUGGCUAUGCACACAAGAAGUCAGAAAGGAGAUACAGAGGAUCCCAGUUUCUUGAGCCCAGCUUCCUGGAAGCGCCACGAUCAGUAGACUGGAGAGAGAAGGGAUAUGUAACUCCAGUUAAAGAUCAGGGUCAGUGUGGCUCUUGCUGGGCCUUCAGCACAACAGGAGCUCUUGAAGGGCAGCACUUCAGAAAAACUGGCAAACUUGUUUCGCUGAGUGAACAGAAUCUGGUGGACUGCUCUCGCCCUGAAGGGAAUCAAGGCUGCAAUGGCGGUCUCAUGGACCAGGCUUUCCAGUAUGUGCAGGAUAAUGGGGGAAUUGAUUCAGAGGAAUCCUACCCAUACACUGCAAAGGAUGAUGAAGACUGUCGCUACAAGGCAGAGUACAAUGCUGCUAAUGACACUGGCUUUGUUGACAUCCCUCAAGGACAUGAAAGAGCUCUCAUGAAAGCAGUGGCAGCUGUGGGUCCAGUGUCUGUUGCUAUUGAUGCAGGCCAUUCUUCCUUCCAGUUCUAUCAGUCAGGUAUCUACUAUGAACCAGACUGCAGCAGUGAAGACCUGGACCAUGGUGUUCUGGUUGUAGGUUAUGGCUUUGAGGGAGAAGAUGUGGAUGGAAAGAAAUACUGGAUUGUUAAAAACAGCUGGGGUGAGAAGUGGGGUGACAAAGGAUAUAUCUACAUGGCCAAGGACAGGAAGAACCACUGUGGAAUAGCAACAGCUGCUAGCUAUCCACUUGUAUAAUUUGAAGACUGAACAUUUCAGUGCAAGAGGGGAUUUAAACUGAAUGACCAAACCCAUGUUCACACAUGCGGUAAACUCUAUCCUUCAAAAGUCAACUUGAUUUUUUUUUUUUAAACUUUUGAAGUACAUUUUAUGUGUUGGUGAUAUGCCACUUGUUUUAAAUUAAUGUAAAUGUUGGUAUGUAAACAGCUUGUAAUAUUGCUGGCUUUUGACUGCUUAAUCUAAUAGAUUAUUCUUUGUAUUUUUUCCUUUUUCUAAAAUUGCAAUGUGCCUAAAGGUUUACUUUUUAAAUAAACACUUAAAUUCCAGUGUGUACAGA